AUGGCGGCUAUGGCUGCGGAGGCGGCAGCGACUGCAGCGGUGCCGGGUGAUGGUGGGGCUGGUGAAGCUGAGCCCGAGAUGGAGCCUAUACCGGGCAGCGAGGCCGGCGCGGACCCUCUCCCUGCCGUCACCGAGGCCGUGGAGUCGGUGGUGCCUGAUGGGGAGGAGGCCGAUGGGGGGAAGGUUGCUCCUGGCGAGGCCGAGGAGCCGCCGCCUGUGCAGCUCGCCCGGAGCCUGGCCGGGACUCGGGAGCCGGAAGCUGAGAGGACGGAGAAGCUGCCGCCCUCCACCCCAGAGGUGGACUCGCCCCAGGCCGAGCACCGGGGAGCGCCUAGCCCGGAGUCCGAGGAGGAGCCGCAGCCCUACCCGCCGCCUGCUGGGCACCCUGAACUUCCCGAGGAGCAGCCGCAGCCCUGCCCGCCGGCUACUGGGGGCUCCGCGGAGCCGGAGCCCGGGGAGGAGCCGUCCCGGCCGGAGGAGGAGGAGCCGGAUGCUGCUGAUGCCGCCGCUGUCGAACCCAAGUCCCCGGUGCCCGUGGCUCCGGCCGGAGGGGAGGCGGAGGCUCCGCUGCUGCCUGGCUCCGAGGUGCGGGUCACCCUGGAUCACAUCAUCGAGGACGCCCUGGUGGUCUCCUUCCGGCUGGGAGAGAAGCUUUUUUCUGGGGUCCUCAUGGACCUCUCUAAAAGGUUUGGACCCCAUGGAAUCCCUGUGACCAUAUUUCCUAAAAGGGAAUACAAGGAUAAACCUGAAGCCAUGCAGCUCCAAAGUAAACCAUUCCAAGAUGAGGCACAGGUGAAGUGUGAAUCUAAUGCUGCAGUCCCUGAUGACUCUUCUCUCACGCAGCCAUCAGAACCUAGCAUAGCUAAAAGCCUAUGGACUUCUAAACCACCUCCUCUCUUUCAUGAGGGAGCGCCAUAUCCUCCUCCUUUGUUUAUCAGGGACACGUAUAACCAGUCAAUACCUCAGCCUCCGCCCCGGAAAAUUAAGCGGCCCAAGCGUAAAAUGUACAGGGAGGAACCCACUUCUAUUAUGAAUGCUAUCAAACUACGACCCCGGCAGGUCUUAUGUGACAAGUGCAAAAACAGUGUUGUUGCAGAAAAAAAGGAAGUAAAAAAAGGUGGCAAUGCAAGUGACUCUUCAAAAUAUGAGGAUAAUAAAAAACGAAGAAAUGAGAGUGUGACUACUGUGAAUAAAAAACUUAAGACUGAUCAUAAAGUGGAUGGGAAAAGCCAAAAUGAAAGCCAGAAAAGAAAUGCUGUGGUCAAGGUUUCAAAUAUUGCCCACAGCAGAAGCAGAGUAGUUAAAGUUUCCGCACAAGCAAAUACUUCAAAAGCGCAGUUAAAUACAAAAAAAGUUCUCCAGAGCAAAAACAUGGAUCAUGCAAAAGCUCGGGAAGUCUUGAAAAUGGCCAAAGAAAAGGCACAAAAGAAGCAGAGUGCAACCUCUUCUUCCAAAAAUGCACAUUCAAAGGUCCACUUCACACGGCGUCUUCAGAACACCAGCUCAGGUUCCCUCCCACCCCGAUUGCGUUUAAAGCCACAAAGGUAUCGGAAUGAAGAAAAUGACUCUUCUCUCAAGACAGGACUUGAGAAAAUACGGAGUGGCAAGAUGGCAACUAAGCCCCAGUCUCGCUGCUCCUCCACCCGCUCAGCAGGUGAGGCCCCUUCAGAAAAUCAGAGCCCCUCAGAAGGCCCUGAAGAGGCCAGCAGUGAGGUUCAGGACACAAGUGAAGUGCAUGUAACUGUUGAUCAGGAUGAACACCAGACAUUGGGCAAGAGAGGCAGCAAAAGCAAUAUAACGGUUUACAUGACCCUUAAUCAAAAGAAAUCUGACUCUUCCAGUGCAUCAGUUUGUAGUAGUGAUAGCACAGAUGAUUUGAAAUCUACCAACUCUGAGUGUAGCUCUACUGAAAGCUUUGAUUUUCCUCCAGGCAGCAUGCAUGCACCUUCCUCCUCCUCCUCCUCUUCAAAGGAAGAGAAAAAGCUCAGUAAUUCCUUGAAAACGGAAGUCUUUUCCAAAAACGUCUCUAAAUGUGUCACACCAGAUGGCAGGACCGUAUGUGUAGGGGACAUUGUUUGGGCCAAGAUUUAUGGCUUCCCUUGGUGGCCAGCCCGUAUUCUUACCAUAACUGUGAGCCGGAAAGAUAAUGGCCUUUUAGUCCGACAGGAGGCUCGUAUCUCGUGGUUUGGCUCCACAACAACAUCUUUUCUUGCUCUUGCACAACUAUCCCCCUUUUUAGAAAGCUUCCAGUUGCGCUUUAAUAAGAAGAGAAAGGGUCUUUACCGCAAGGCCGUCACAGAGGCAGCUAAGGCUGCUAAGCAGCUGACUCCCGAAGUUCGGGCCCUGCUGACACAGUUUGAAACGUGAACGUGGAAAGUAAGGUAGGCAAGAGAUCUGGAGGCUCCACAAAAUUCAUAGCCUAGUUAGAGAACUACCAUGA